AUGCCCCUUAGAAAAAUUUCUGUGGAGGAGGCUUCAAAUUUGGAAAAACCAAUCUUGGAGGAGGAAGUUUUCUCUGCUUUGAAGAUGUUAGGCCAAGACAAGGCGCCAGGGCCAGAUGGGUUGCAAAUAUUUGUUGUGGUCAAGUGCUGGGAGUUCAUGAAGUCAGAUAUAAUGAGAGUAGUAAAACACUUCGAGAGAAAUGGUUUUGUGGACUGGAGAUUGAAGUCUAACAAUCCCGAAGUUAUUUGUAAGAUUGAUUUAGAAAAGGCUUUCUACAAUGUGAGGUGGAGUUGUAUUGAUGAUGUCCUGAUUGCUAUGGGUUUUGGCACUCGUUGGAGAACAUGGAUACAAGGUUGUUUAAGUAGAGUUCCCUUUUCUGUUCUUGUCAACGGUUCAGUUUGUGGUAAGUUUGUUAGCGAGAAGGGAAUCCGUCAAGGGGAUCCAUUAUCCCUAUUCCUCUUCCUGCUGGUUUCUGAAAUUUUAGCUUUCAUGUUUGAAAAAGCUACUGUAAAAGGGUGGGGCUUGGAGGCUUUCAGGUUUCUUCUAAUGGGAUUAAAGUGA